UUUUGCUGAAAAUCGGCCGUUUAUAGGAUUGAAGAGUAUUCUGGAGUCGAUGGGGAAAUUCGUGUCUCAUGUCGGUGUGGUGAUUGAUUAAAAAGCGUCAGCUGACAUCCGAGCCCCGUCGUCGAGCCCCCUCUCGUCUUCAUCAGGCAAGCUUUUUGAGCCGGAUCCCUGUCCGAAAACCGACUCUGUCGUCCGAAACCCGAUUCUUUUCACCUCGACGAGCGGCUGGAAAAUCGUUCAUCCCGACCCGAACCCAACAGAUCCGAAACGGUAGGAAUCAAUGGCCGGCUCUCCGCUCCCUAGGAUGCACUAAUCUCGACCGGCCCUUUCCAGCGUUUCAGUCUCUGCCCUUCUUCUGCCGGAGUUCGUCGAGUAGAGGAAAUUCGUUGAAAUGACUUCCGGGAAGGACACGAUGGGGGAGCAGCCGAUAUUUACGUGCAAGGCCCAUGUCUUUCAUAUCGACCCCAAGACGAAAAAGUCUUGGAUCCCAGCAUCGGCGUCGGCUGUGAGCGUUUCCUUCUUUUACGAUUCAUCCAGGAGCCUCUACAGGAUAAUCAGCGUCGAUGGCGUCAAGGCUGUUAUAAAUAGCACCAUAACGCCCAGUAUGACAUUUACGAAAACAUCACAGAAAUUUGGCCAAUGGUCCGAUAUACGCGCAAAUACAGUGUAUGGUCUAGGAUUUUCAUCGGAGGCUGAACUUACUAAAUUUAUUGAACAGUUUCAUGAGGUGAAAGAAGCGACGCGGACGGUUAGUAAUAGAUCUGCUAAUGGCACUAUUACAACGACACCUGUUACCAGUGCCAAUGCAAGUCCUAUAACAACCAGAGCGAGCGGAGGUGCGUUGAGCGAUGCAGGGCCACUUCUCGACCCGCCAUCUCUUCAACCGGCAUGCACAUCUCCUGCGCCUAUUUCAUCGACUUCAGACGAAGGCCCUCAUCACAGAUCAAAUAUGUCUCAAAUACCACCAGGUGAAAGCCCAAAACAUCAACCUGCAGAAGCGAAAUCUCCUGCACCCGGCCCCACUUCAACUGCUGAAGUCCAGUUGAAAUAUGAAAAUGACCGACUGAAAUUAGCUUUAGCACAUAGUUCUGCAAAUGCCAAAAAAUGGGAAGUUGAAUUAGCAACCUUGAAGAAUAAUAACUUACGGCUCACUAGUGCACUUCAGGAAAGUACAGCAAAUGUAGACGAAUGGAAGCGUCAGUUACAUUCUUAUAAAGAAGAGAAUCAACGACUAAAAUCUAAAUACAUUGAACUAGAAGCAGCAAAAGGUGGCACGGAGGCAGCAGGCGAAUUAAGGAAGGAAUUGGCUACACUACGCUUGCGGGUAGAAACUUUAGAAGCAGAAUUAAAAUCUAAAGAUGAUGAAAUGAAGAGAAUGUCAACUGGAAAGCAACCGGCGGAAGACAAAUGCAAAGCGUUACAACAAGAAAAUGCAGAAUUACAAGCAGGAGUGUCAUUAGCACAAGCUCAGCUUGAAACAGCACUAGCGGCACACGAAUCUCAACGAAGGGUAAUGGAAACUCUUAAUGGCCAAUUGGCGAUGCGAAUUCAGGAGCUUGCAGCUAUCCAUAGAGAGAUUGCAACAGCUUUACAGACAUGAGUAAAUCCUCACCUACAUAUGGCUGCCACCAUAUCACAAGCGCUAGUUAACUGUAUUUUUCAAAAAGUUGAGCGCAAACAACAUUGAAAUUAAUUUUGUCCUUUUUUUAAGGAUUGGGAAAUACAUUCUAUGGUACAUAAAAUAUAAUGGAUUCCUUGUUGGAUCAAUUGUUGAUCAAUGUUUAUACGUAUUUAGUGUGGUGAUUGAAUGAUCGAUUAUAACCAUUAUUUUUGGUGUUAUCUGGGAUCAUUUACAUUUCUAGGUGUAAUACAAGGGACAAUUGCAUAAUAGAUUCUUUCAAACAUCUUUUAUGUAAUUAUCCAAGAACCUAUGACUAUACUUUGAUUUGAAAUAUUAGUCCAUUGCACGGUUAAUUUUUUAUUUGUCAAAAAAUCUACUUGGAAUUUAAAAUCGAUUCAAAGUCGAAGUAAAUUCAACGACUCCAGUAAAACUGAAAAGUCAUGGGAUAUUUUAAAAUCAUUAAAGCGGUAUGGCUGUUGCAUCUCAUUGCGUUUUCAUUAUCGACAAAGCGUUGAACAAAUGCUAUAGGAAAUUAUUUCACCGAGUUGGGUUUUUUUAUUUAUUUAUUUAUUUUUAUUUUUUUUAAAAUAAAAUCAUUGAUUUUGUGUAUUUGGUCAGUUCCUAUUAUCCAGCUCUUUUUGAUAAACGGACAAAUCACACUGAAAUCAAAUAGCAUCUUACAUAAAAAGUUAAGGUAAUUAAUGCACGUUGAGACUGAAAAACAGUUGAUAAUUAAUUUUCUGCCUGAAUAUUUACAUUAAAAAUAGAAAAAAAAAAAUAGAAGAAUAUUGACCCAUUGGCUUUUUUAAAAAUAUUUAUUUUUUCAAGUUUACUGCGUUAUUGCUAUAUUAUUCGGCGAAGAUAAGAAGGAUUAUAUAUUUUACUUUUGAACUUUUCCAUAGUGCUUAAUUUUUUUUAAUUUGUCAAACAGGAAGUUUGUAGUAGAAAUUGUGUAUCUUGAUUUUUUCUAUGGUCAUUUGUUAUGGAAAAGUCCAUUUUUUAAUUGUUUCUAACAAAUUUGAUAAAAAUAGUAUUAAAACAAUUAGAGCUUAUGAGGCUGUAAUAUUAGUGAAAACUACAUUAAACAAAAGUAUUUAAUAAAAUGAAGUGAUAAACUUAAGACAUAAUAGAUAUAAGAAGUUAAUGGUUUUAUUUUAUUUUUAUUAUUUGUUUUUAAUUUAUUUAUCUUACAAUAUUAGCCAGAGAUAUAAUUUAGAAGGUUAUGGUUUUAAUUUUAUUCUUGGAGAAUGGAUAUUUUGGAGAAAACAAAAAUUGGGCCAGGAGCGAAGGUAGGAACUGAACCCGUGACCGGGGGGGUGUCUACGAGCCAGUCGCCUGCCACGGUCCCCGUUAUUGAAUCUCAUUUAAGACAAUUUUAAGUCUGUCGUAACAUUCAAAACUUGUGUUUGAUAAUACUUCAGGGAACUGGUAGCAAUUUAUAAAACAUUGAUCCUUCUUAUCUUAGCAGUAUAACAGCAAGGAAAUUACAUCACAUACCACUUGGCUUUAUUACAACUUAAUUAACUUUAUAACAGUUUUUCUUGUUAACAAUAAAACAGAACAAGAUUUGAACCUAUGUCCUAAAAGAUAUCCAGUAUAGAGAUUAUUUUAAAAUAUGACCUAUGGCUUUUCCUAUAUAGAAAUAAAUGUUGAAACAGAAAACAAUUAGAAUUGACUUUAAAAAAAAUUGUAUUAAAAUACUGUAUUAAAAAUUCUUGCUUCAAUAUGACGAUUUCCACAAUGUUUUACCUCUUGUUGAGUUGCAUUUUGUCAUGGCUUCUUGGAAUAACGCUUUUGGUUCUUUAUAUUUUGUGAAAUUUAAUCCCUAUUAAAAUAUUUUUCUUUUUAAACAUUUGCAGUUUAUAACUGAUCAUUCCAUUUAAUGAUUACUUAACGAUUAAUAAGUGUGAUUUUAAUAAUUAUACCAUGAUAUUGUACAUCAAAUGUCAAAAUAACUGAGAAUUUUGUCCGAACAGCAAAGCUUAAAAUGACAAGUCAUUUGCAAUGCUUCAAUAUGCCUUAUUAAGAAUAUUUCCCUAAUCGUUUAUGUAAAAACCAAUCUCAGCACAUAAGACUUCCCUUUUUUCAAGGUUUUGUAGUUUGUUUAGAUAAAAUGACAUCACACAACCUGUGCACAAUUUUUAUUUUGUUUAAGUUUAUGUUAGGUCUAAUUAUUUUUCUUUUUUGAUUCCUCGUUUUUACAUCUUCUUUUUUCAGUGUUCCGAAGUGUCGAUCAGUUUUUCACUCACAGAUACUCUGGAUCAAGGUAUGGUCUUGAAGAAAAAGGCAAAUUCAGUUGUUAUUGACAAGCUUUCUACCUAUUUGAAGGUCAUCAUCAGGGUAAAAUGAUGGUACAGAUUGACAUAUUUUAAGUUUUUAUAGGCAAUCUCAAAUUUUUAAAUUUGAUUUUAAUUUUUAAAAAUUGUACAAGAUCUCAAAUUAAUAAAAACUUUAUUUUUUGCCCUGGUGAUGACGUUAAAAUAGAUUGAGAGCUUGGCAGUAACAACUGAAUUAGCUUUUUUGCUUUGUGCCCUGAUCCCCGAGUGUUCAUGUGUUUUAUAUCUUCAGCAUAAUUUUCUCCCUCUGUUUAGAAAUUAUUCAGUUUUUGAUGUAUCUAAAAUCCAGAAUUGAUUUAACUCCUUUUUCUAUAACAUUUCGGUCAAUUAUUAUUUUAAAAAACCUUAUUAGAUUAAAAUAUGCUACUAUAAAAAUGUAGUUUUUUUUAUGUGAAAUCAUGAGAGUGCAUAUAAACUCACAGUUGAAAUACCAUUGUAAAAUUAUAAAAAAUAAAAUAAAGACAGUGCAACAUCCUCCUUUGAUACGGAAUUCUAUUUAUGGAAUUAUCUUAUUUGUUAUUUAUUUAUUAUUAUUUUUUGUUCUUUAUUGUCCCAUUCAUAGAAUUUGUUAAUAGGCAGUUCCGCUGCAUGUUGGUUUCUUGAAGUUAUUAAUUUUGAAAACUAUCAUACAAAAAUUGUAAGGUUUUUUGGUCUGCAAAUAAGAUCAUCGGUUAUAGAAGGAAUCCUUUUAUAUUUGCUCCGUUUUUCCUUAGGUUUUUUAUAUGAUCAAGAUUUCUUAGACUGGAUCCGAAAGUCAUCCUCAAAACUUAUUCUACAUCAAAUACUGUUUAGUGUGAUAACUUAGUAUUAUAUGAUUAUUCAGCAAUUUAUGGUAUGACAUUCAGUAUGUGAUAUCAAUUAAAUACUUUAAUCUGCACUUUUCUGUAUUGGAUGGGUGAUUUUUUCAACCAUGAAAAGUAUAAUUCCGACUGUAAAUUUUUCCCAAGUUAUAAUAAAUUAAAGUGAAACAUUGUGGAGCUCUCAUAAAACAUGCUACCUUCAAAGUUAAUAAACUGAUAAUAGGAUCUUAAAUAUUUUUUGUCAGUUAUUACUUCUCAAAAGCUUAUUUACUUAAACGAGUACAGAUAUCCAAAUUUUUGUUAUAGUGUGAAAAUAUAUUCAUGUUUGAGGACUAUUCUCUUUUUUUCACACACAAAAAAUAUGAUAUAGACAUGUAUAAGUUGAGUUGACCCACAAAUCAUUUGUAAUAAAAAAUAUUGUAAACAGGGAAAUUUUUUUAAUACUGUUCUUGGCUAAUUAGGUAGGCACAGACCCCUGGUAAGUGCAAUUUUAUCUUUAUUUUAAAUAUUUGCAAAUGACUUGUAAAUAAGUUUGUGCAUUUUUUAAUUAUGUUUAAUAACAGUUGUGCUAUUUGAAUUUACAGUAAAUUUUAUGACUCGCUAUAAUUGCAUUGUAUCCAGUUUUAUAUAGCUUCUCUUGAUCGAAAUUAUUAAGGUUGAUUUUCAAGCUUUAACUUAAAAGAGAGGAAAGAAAUAUGAGACAUAUUUAUCAUGUUUAUAAUGUAAUAAUAAUUUUUUGUUUAUAUGACAUAACGGAUAAAUUAAUUUUUUAGGUUAAAAAAAUUAAACUCUGUUCAUUAACCAUUGUAUAAAUAGAUUACACUUUCAAUCUCUUUGUAAGAAUAUCUUGUAAGAAAUUACAAAAGAAAAUCUGUUCUUCAUUUCAGUAUGGAUUAACUAUUUGCAUUCAGGUUUGUCUAGAUUUAUGUAUGUACAUUAUCAUAAAGUGUAUGUUCUUAAAUAAAUAUAUAAAAUUAUACAUUGUAAAUAUCCAUAAAUCGACAUUUGUUUUAAGAAAGAAAACAAAAUAUGUACAAAUUAUGAAUAUACUUGUAUCAUUGUUUCCUUAUUCAUUUUAUGGAACUUUAAAAAAAAAAAUUGUUCAGCUUAAUUUUGUUGUGGUAAAGAUUUUAUAUAACAGCAAUUAUUAAGUAUUAUUUAUGAUUAUAAAAGGUUCUAUUAUGCCUAAAAAUCACUUUUAGAUCUGAUUAUUGGAUAUUUGAACGUGAAAGGAAAAAUUAUAAAGCAAUUUUCUUAGUUGUAUUUGAUUUAAAUUUUAAUUUAUUUAGUUUAAAAACAAGUUUUUAUAUUUGUAAGUGAAAAAAAUGCACACUAUUUGCACAUCGUUAAUUUUUUAAGAUGCUUUUUAUCAACCUAUUCUAAAAAUGUAACUUUUUUUGUUUUUGUUCGCUCCCUAGAUGUGGUGAUAACUUGGAAACAUUGGAAACGUGAUUUUGAAAUCGAUGCCUUUUUAGGUUUUUUAAGAAUUGGGUGAAUCUCAUCAGUCAAUACUAAUUCAGCGGUAUGACGGCCCCUGUAUGGAAUCCCAUAUUCCUUCUUUUAUGUUUUAAUCUCUGAGAAAAGUGGAGAAUAAACCACAAUAAUAAAAAUGAAAAUGAAAGAAAAAAAAUAAUAUUCUAUAAGAAUACAAAAGCCCAUUAAAAAUAUAGUUCAUUGCAGAUGGGCAGACCGGGCCGGUAAGCAGGAAACUCUUCCUUGCCUUGUUCAGUAUCACAUAUUUGUGAAUUUAUAAAUGCACUAGUACUAAUAAAUUAUAGAAGUUUUCAUUCUUUUGGCGGUUUUGUAACGAGAGUAAUUUUAAAUUUAAUUUUGUUGCCUCUUUUUUCAAUCAAAAGAUAUAGAGGAUUUUUGAGUACCUUCAUACUCGUAGAUUUUGAUCUUCUAGAACACGAAGAAUAUAGAUUUUCUGAUAUGGUUAGUCUUUUAGAGCGUGAGUCAUUUUAUUUUAGAAAAUCGGCUGUGGGUGAAGUGUCAAAUAUUGCAUAAUCUCGGAGCCAGGACAAUGACAUUCAAAAAUCCCAUAGCUCCUAAUGUUGAUUGUUAAAAAUUAUUCCAAUUAAUUUUUAAAAAAAUGGUGUUUUAACUAUUUAUUGAAACAAUUUUUAAUGUGAUCAAAUAAAAUCUGAUAUCAAAACUGCAAAAUAAAUCACCUGAAACUGUUAAGCUCAAUGUUUUUAAUACAAAUCUUUUUACAAAAUGAAUUAAGUCCCUUUAUUUUUAGUAUUUUUCUAAGUUCAUCAUAGUAUCUGUGGACAAUUCACCUCUCUUAUGGGUUUGCUUAUUUUUAAUUUGCUGUUAUAUUUGUUCGUUUAUAUACAGCAUCUCUUAUUUUAAUACUCAAGUUUUUUCUGUACAUUACCAAAAAAAGCUCUUGUCUUAAAUGUUUCAUGUAUCUUUGUUAUUGCUUUUUAAAAGUUUAUUAUUUUUCUGAGUUUUAUUAUAUUUUAUUGUCAAGGUUUUCCUUACCUGUAGUCAAAUUUAUGCAUCCCUACGCGUACAAAUGUACCUAGAGUGAAAAUGAUAAUGUACCUUUUUGUUUGUGUUUGUGUUAUUUAAGGAGCAAAAUGUGAUAAAUUAUCUAAUAAUGUUUAGUAUAUAAUAUGAGCUUGUGACAAAAGUGUACUAUGGUUUUAUUUAAUUAUAUUAUAUUAUAUUUUAUUUAAUUAUAUUAAUGUUUAAACAAAACAAAAAUUCAGUUGAGGUAGUUUUAAUUAAAUAUUUAUUAUUCCAAUUGUAAUCCAAUACUUACGGGCUAAUCUUUUGUUCACAAAGGUGCAUAUUUUCAGUUAUGAAAUAAUAAUAAAUUAUAGUUUACAGAUGAGACUUUGUACGUCAAAGUACAUGAAAUGCAUUAAAACUCAAAUAUUGAGAUAAUUAUUAUAUGUAUAUAUGUAUAAGGUUAUAGUGUUUAUUGCAUACAUUUUAAUACUUACGCUGUUUAUAUUAAAUAUGGAUAUUUGUUAUCUGAUAUGUGUAUAUGAAAUUCAUAAAUUUAAAAAAAAAUAAUCACAGCCUAGUAGGUUUUGUCUAGUUUUCUAAUUUUAAAAAUGAUAAAAAUAAAGAAAUGUACUGAUUAUUUGUGAGGAUGCAUGAGACCACGUUGUAUUUUGUAAUUGAUUAAAUGUUUAUAAAUCGUCUCUAAAAAUAUAUUAUUAAUAAUAUUGUAAGUUUGUUUUUAAAAGAAAGAACGACACCUUUUAUUUUUAGAUUUCCAUCUUUUAAACUUUCUUUGUUAACGUUUUCAAUAACGUUUGGUGUAUAAAUUAAUUGAAAAGUUGUUUUUAAAUAUAUUUUUGCUGGUAUAGCUUUACAAUAAGUGUAAAAUUGAAGUAGAUAAAAUUAGAGACAAGAUGAGAUAUAAUGGUUAAAAAGAAAUUGUAUCGCUCGUCAUUGAAAUAGAAACUAGUUUGUAAAAACGAAUUAUCGAACUCAAUGUUUACUGUUUUUUGUGUCUUGUGGUAUUGUCCAUAUAUAACAUACGUGAUUAAAUGUGUACAUUUUUAUUGUUUCCUUUUAUCUGUUAAAUGGUGUAAGUUUAAAAAAAAAAAUCUGUUAUAUUGGAAAGACGGGUCCGUAUGUCAACAUUAGCCGCUGACUCAAUUAACCGUUUCUAUAUGUAUUUGUACCUUUGCAGUCACACCAAAAAAAAAAAAAAAAAAUCC